GGCCCCGCCUUCCCCACGCCGGGCGGCGGCGGAGCGGCGGCGGAGCGUUGGUGCAGGUGGGUGCGGCGCCCCCGGCCCUGCACGCGGCCGUCCCGGUGCUGUGCUCAGCGCGGUCGCUCAGUGGGCGGCGGGUGACGCCACGCCCCGGCCGGAGGCGGCCGUGCCCGGGGCAGCCCGGGCCGCUGGGGCAGCGCGGGGCGGGGCGGGGUAUCUGUUGGGUAAUGGAGCCCGAAAGGAUGCGCGCAGCACUGACGCCGGCGUUUGCAGUGACGUAUUGCGUGAAGCAACCGUCCCUCAGUUCUUGUCAUGGGCGGUUUGUGUAAAACGUACACAGAGCCACAUGUGCGAGGAAACAAAGGCGAAGUGAGCGGUGGAGGCGGUCCUCAGGGCCGUGCUGUAAGAACAGCGCUCCAGAGCUAUAAUUAGCGGCAUAAUUCUCUAAUUAGGCGAGAGCUUGAGUGGCAGCACGGGCCGACCCUUCAGGUCUCCGUCAGAAAUACAGGGCCAGCUCCGAGCGGGGUUUGUGAGGGGACGGAACAGCUGAGGAGCAGCGCGGGAAGACUGCAGUGCAGCUGCCCCGCCUCGGGCACAGCGCCGGGCACGGCCUGCUGCUGCUCGGCGACACCGCAUUCACACCACAGAGAAUGAAAACAGCAGUGCCCGAAUUACAUACCGACCUGUUGGCUGUGGUUGUUUGUCAUAAGAACUUCCAAACAACUUUGCUCCUGGAUUUGGAUAGCUCACUGUUGUUGUAAAUUACGUAAAAUCGUACCUGCUACUUCAGUUUCUCUCCACUGGAGCGCCUCCUGGCCUGAAUUUCAUGAGGAGAGCCAGCACAUCCCUCAUGGCUGGCUGUGUCCCACCUGCUCCCUCCUGCUCCCUGGCCGGUUCCCACGUGGCAAAGCUCGACUAUUUUGUUCCUUAGGGAAAAGCACAUGAUCAGGUGCUUUCUUAAAAGGACUGCCUACCUCCCGUCUCCUUCAUUUCCUCAACGGUUCCUCCUUCCCACCUUACAUGGUGGUUUUGAACAGCUGAGCUUUGUUGUGUGUUUCCUCCAUAGCUGUUCUGCUGCAGGGCCAGUGUUUCCUAGAUGUCAUGCAUACAUUAAGCAGUGCUUUUGGGAAGGUCACCACAAAUUGGCAAAGCCUGUGGUAGCUCUCCAGGAGUUGUAUGAAGGAAGGAAUUGAUGUCCUAAUUGUGCUGUUUUCCAGCAACCCGAUACCUGGUGUUUCAGAGACAGUGCUACUAACCCAAAGCAGGCAAUGGCUGGAUGAGGGCUUUGCCAUGGUGUUGUAUGGUCAGAAAAUGAGCUGUCUCACAAAGCAGAGCAGAAGUGGGUUGGUGUAGCCUAGUGACAGCUCUCCUCUCCCUUUUCAACCUGUAUUUCUUUGAAGUUGCAGUUUUUCUUUAAUUUCAAAGCCUGUGGCUGAACAAGAGCUUGUAGUCUGUUUCCAUAGGCUGGUGGUCACCUGUUGCAUUGUGAGUGCAUUGAAUGAUCUGUGAGUAAUGCGUGAUGCAAUUUGUCAGUUUUCAACUCCCUUGAAGUCUUCAGUUCUGCCUUUUCCUAACAUUUCACUGCAUUUCCAUUGCAUUCCAUGUUGUCAGUUUUAUCCAACCGUGGAACGAAAGAGGAAAGGAAUGAAUGUAGGAAGUACAGAUGACGAAUGAGGCCGGGGCUCCUCAGUGGGCUGUUGCUCUGGGAUCUCAUUAAGCAUUUACAUGUGUGUGUGUCUCACAAGAGUAACACUGCUGGUGUAGUCGAGGUGCUUUUAUGAUCAAUUUGCAGUGUGAUGCUGCAUUAUGCUUAAGGGUCAGGAAAAAAACACCUUAAAAGCAAAGCCUGUAAAACGUCUUUAAUAAAAUUUCAUACUGUUUUUGAAUAACACACACACACACACACACAAAAAGGAAUGCUUUCCCUGCAGUGUUUUAAUGCAAGCUGAAAAUGAAGCAAUAUUAAUUGAUUUUUAUUACUCAAACUGUAAGAAGAGCAAAAAGCAAAAGAUGAAGCUGGAGAUGUUCCAAGCCAGCUAGGAAUCUAAAUACACUGUGCUAAAUCCAAAUCAGCCUUAAAGAAAGCUAAGCUUUAGUAAACUUGAAGGUUUUAGGAUAAUUUGGUGCUUACGUGGCAAUGAGAACACCACAGUCUGAAUAGUGGUCACACAUUUCAGUUGCAUUCGGUUCACUGUGAGACAAUAUCUUCACUGCAGAGCUGCCUAAUCCGAUGCAGUUCUACCUAAGGACAUGGGACAGCUGCCUCUGCUAAGCACACUGCAGAGCUGCUGGGAGGCAGCCCGUGUGAUGCUGGAGGAGUGAGCUGCCCAAAGCCCAGUGACCCUGCUCUACUUACCUGAAAAGCCUGUUAAUGUCUUUCCAUGGCUAUCACAGUUCAAUAGAAUUUUCCAGAGGACAUGCGAUUCUUAUUUUGUUUAAAGAGGAAAAUGCCAAACCUAGAGAGAAAGAUUGUUAGUUUAGUCACCAGCUUCCCACCUACUCUGAGCACUUUUCCUUUGAAAAUGGCAGAUUAUUUCAGCCUAAUGGCUGACUCCCCCAAAAAGUCAUCCCCAGCACAAAGUCUUGACAACAAACGCGCUGACAGAGCCUGUUGGAACAAACAUGUUUGGCUCCCAUUCCUGGAACUAGCUCAGCUUUUCAGACCUCUGGGAGAGUACAAGUGCAGGAACGAGAGGCAGCAAAUCACUAAUACCUACAAAUGCAGCAGAUCAGCAGGCUGCUGUACCAGGUGUUAAAACCAUCCAAGAACAAACCCUCCUCCAGAGUCAAAUAGGUGAACGCUGCUGUUGUACAAUCAGUGUAAACAUUAAGAACUUCCCAAAAAAGGCUACACUUCUAUUAAGAAUUCCAUUUAGUUAAUGUUUCUUAAUUAUCCGAAGCGUCUUUCUGUUCUUUCAUCCACUAACAAAUCUGCUCAUUUCCUCCUACCGAAUGCUUUACCAGAUUUUAGUGCAGAUUCCUACCAAAGGCAUUUCAUUUGUAGGAGCUCAGCGCUGCGUUCUGCCUCUGAGGCAGCGCUGUGCUUUGGUUACUGCCCAGGGUCCACCAGAUCUCAGACUCUUUAAGCCCUGUUUUCAGUUAAGACUUUUUUGCACUGAUGGCCUGAUAUGUGUGUAUAUGUAUGACGUCAGCUAUUUACUAAAAUGAUCACCUGCAGUUGAGUUCAUGCCCAUGAUUUCUUUUUUGUCCCUGCAACAUCAGUACAAAAAAAAGAAGAUGUUAAGGACUACUUACUUCCUUUUUUCAGGUAGUUGCAUUGUUCUUCUUUCCUUCACUAGUAGCAUACAACAAGAACAGUGACAGCUCACUACGUCAUUAUUUCUGAAAAUCACUGUAAUGAUUUUGUCCUGUUCUGUGUGCUCCAUCUCCCUCCUGACAGCAAGGAAGGUGUUUAUCUGAGACAACACAUUUGGAAUUAACACACAUGUUGGCAUCAGCCUCCAGUUGUCUCCUGUAGCUUGCUUAAAUAAAAAACACAUCUCCAUCCACAGAAGCUUGCACAUGUACCUUUUUUUUCUCUGAGUAAUUGGGAGGUAUUAAUGAUGAGCAGUGAGUAAGCACUUAAUUAAUGCUAGCUUGUUUGUGUUUUGUUUUUUUAUUUCUUUUUAAUAAGACGUGGGGAAGCUAUGGAAAUAGCUGAAAUCUGUUUUCUUGUCAGACAGCACUGUAGUUGAUUUGGUGAAAUAGAACAUCAAAUCUUAUUUUAUUCAGCUUGUUUUAUUACUUUAGUCUGGCUUGUAUUAGUUAAAUCAAGUCUUUGUUUUUUUUAGCAGAUCACAUCCUUUGCAUUCAGAAUAACUUAUUUUUGUUAUGUUUUUGGGAUGUUAAUGCAGUGAAUUUGCACUGAGUAUAUAUGCUUUAAUGAUAGUCUUUGCUAUACUGGUUGAAAAAUGGAAGAAAUUGUUCAUUGUUCAGGGUAUAACCACAGAUAGGAACAAUGAGACAUGAAUCUGAUUUUCUUUUCAUGGUGUUUUAAAUUAAUGUAUCAGUUGAACUGCAGUUGAUGUGGGUGCGUUCCCAGAGUGAUCUUCGUAGCUGUGCUCACUUGGCUGGUGCAGGCAGACCCACACUUCUGGUGGCUGACAGCAAAAGGAGGUGAAUGGAAGAGAUGGAGCAGGGCGGUGGGGAGGGUUCUGUUCUUCGAAGAGCUUGGCGUGGCCUCUUUGCCUCAAUCCCUCUGAGAUUUAGGCAGAUACAGAAAGCAGUUCAUGAGAUGAUUAUCUGCAUAGCCCACAGGGCAUUCCUCAUGUAGUCUUAAAUUAGGAAAAGAUAGUUGUUGGCUCCUCCCAGAUUACCACCGUGAAUCCAAUUAACUACAGGAAACACUGCAGCAACAUAAUUCAGCAUCUCUUCUGUAAAUGGGAUUUCCCUACAGCACAUUUCUGGGGGUGGUACUGCAGCAAUGAAGGGAUCAGCAUUCACUCGCUCUUUUUGCAGGGUCACAGGUACUGCAAUGGCUGCAGGAGUUUUGCUGCAAAAUGAACUACCAUACUCUUCGUUGCUAGAGAGCAGUGUGUAUCUUGCAAAUAUGAGUUCAGGAAGUUCAAGGCGGCCGACAGCAAAGUACACGAAAGUGGGGGAGCGCCUUCGCCACGUCAUCCCUGGGCACAUGCAGUGCUCGAUGGCGUGCGGUGGUCGUGCGUGCAAGUAUGAGAAUCCGGCUCGAUGGAGUGACCAGGAGCAAGCUAUUAAAGGGCUCUACUCUUCUUGGAUAACAGAUAACAUACUGGCUAUGGCUCGACCCUCGACAGAAUUAAUUGAAAAGUACAACAUCAUUGAACAGUUUGAAAAAUGUGGCAUAAAAACCAUAAUUAACCUGCAGCGUCCUGGGGAGCACGCGAGCUGCGGGAAUCCGCUGGAGCAAGAAAGUGGCUUCACCUACCUUCCUGAGGCAUUCAUGGAGGCUGGCAUUUAUUUUUAUAAUUUUGGGUGGAAGGACUAUGGAGUGGCAUCUCUUACUACUAUACUUGACAUGGUAAAAGUCAUGGCUUUUGCGCUGCAGGAAGGCAGAGUGGCUGUUCACUGUCACGCGGGACUUGGACGGACAGGUGUUCUAGUAGCUUGCUACUUAGUUUUUGCAACAAGAAUGACUGCUGAUCAAGCCAUUCUUUUUGUCAGAGCAAAAAGGCCUAAUUCUAUUCAGACUAGAGGGCAGUUACUGUGCAUCAGAGAAUUCACUCAGUUUUUGAUUCCUCUCAGAAAUGUAUUUGCUUGCUGUGAGCCCAAGGCGCACAGGGUGACGCUGUCCCAGUACCUGACCCGCCAGAGACACCUGCUCCACGGUUACGAGAGCAGGCACCUCAAACACGUGCCAAAACUCAUUCACAUAGUGUGCAAGCUGUUGCUAGACUUGGCUGAAAACAGACAAGUGGUAGAGGCAGAACUCUUAGACAUAGCAGAUCUCUCAGCUGAAAUUGAAAAGACCGUCUCCCAGCUGGUGUCGACACAGCUAGAUGGAGACCUUGCCAGGCAGGACAGUGACAUGUCAGACUCCUCGCACACCCACUCGGCCACUUGUGACACACAGGAUUCUCUAUUCUCCCUGGCACAUGAAUGUGAUCCUCUUUGGAAAAGGAGGAAUGUCGAAUGCCUUCAGCCUCUGUCUCAUGUGAGGAGGCGUCUAAGCUACAGUGACUCAGACUUAAGGAGAACUGAGUUUCUCUUAGAGCAAGGAGAAACGGCAUGGACGGUACCUGCUCAGAUAUUACUGUGCAACAAACUUAAGCAGAACAGCAGUGAGGAGAGUUCUGCCACAGAUGAACAAAAGCCACAGCUGGAUUUAAACAAAGAAGCACUAGUACGUAAUACGUGUACGAUUUGGAGUCAAACUAAGUUUAAUUUGGAUGGACAAAAAGAUGGAUCUUCACUUUAUCAGAGAAGGAACUCUACCAAAGAAGUACAACGCAGCAGAACUUUUUCUUCAGGUCUAGCAUCUCUCCACUAUACCAGGGAGCCUGGAACGCCAAGGCAUAAUUUUACCAAUGAGGUUGGCCAUAGGAAGGAACGUGAGACUCGUACGUACAGCAGAAGAGUCUACGUCUCUGAGGAUUCUGAUUCUUCUUCUUCUUCUAAAGUGAACUUUUCCAUUGGAUGUGAAAGCCAAGGUAGCAAAGAUCCUUCAGAGGCAAUUCCGCACAUUGUUCUGCAGUCGGAAUUAAGUUUGGAAGCUCGAAGAGUUUUGGCAGCAAAAGCACUUGCAAAUAUAAAUGAAUUUCUGGAAGAAGAUGAAGUGAAGCAGAAGGUAGAAAUGUGGCAGAAAGAACUGAAUUCUCGAGAUGGAGCUUGGGAUAAAAUCUCUACCGAGAGAGAUCCUUUCAUCCUCUGUAGCUUGAUGUGGUCCUGGAUAGAGCAACUGAAAGAGCCUAUUAUAUCCAAAGAUGAUAUUGACAUGUUGGCAAAAAAUUCCAUAGAAUCACAAGAUGCACUUAACUUACUGAGAAAGGAACAGUGUCAGACUAUUCUUUGUAUUUUACACUGUGUGGUGAACUUGCAAACACUACCAGCUGAUGUGGAGGAGGCCUUACUUGUUCGUGCUAUUAAAGCUUUCACUAAGACAAGCUUUGAUUCCGAAGAUGGACCACACGUUUACAAUACUCUGAAAAAAGUGUUUAAGCAAACACUGGAAGAAAAAAGAAAAAAGCUGAAGGAAGGAACAGAGAAUCCCUCUUGAUUUCUGCACAGUGAUGCUGAAGGAUUGGAUGGCUCUACCAAAUUAUUUUGCAUUUUCCAGCUACUGUAUUUUGUGCUAUUUUGCAUGACUUACCUAAUGUUAGGUGGCAGCCAUUAUUAACAAAACAUUUUAUUUUUUUAGAGGGAGUUUUAUUGUGAACUGUUCUGUCUACAUGGUUCUAAGGAACAGCUCCUGUUCAACUGUACUGCAGCUUUUUGAUUUCUAGUACUGUUUUAUUUUAUGAAAUGUUCACUUGUUUUCAGAUGUAUUUAUUAUUUAGAAACCUCUGCAAUUGGCAAGCUAUGCUUUGGACAAGUUACACAGUUGCCAUAAGUUCAGUGCCAUGGUACGGAAGGUUUGAAUGGACUGAGUUAAUGUUUAUGUAUUCAGUUUGUUUACAUUAAUGUUACUUGAUUUUUCUUUGAGGACAAUAAAUACUGACUGAAAUAACUCUUCUUUUAGAAAAUUUAAGUAAGAGAAAUAGUUAAUGGAUCUUGAGGUCUGCUGUUAACAGCAGAUGAAAUAACUGUUACCAGUGCAUUCCUCAAAGGCACUGCAGUAGAGAAAUACAUUAAAUGCUUUAAGUUACAAAGGUCUUCAUUUAGAAACUUUUGUCAAAAAAAGCUUCUAAUCUUUUCCUUAGUGGCAAAUGAGUUUUGUCUUCUUAAAUGCUUUGAAUAAAUUAUUAUUUUUUUUAUUAA